GUUUUUAUUAACAUACGACACAGGACGGAGAAUCUAAAUCACUUUACCUGUAAUCUACCUAAUUGAAUUGGAAUGAAUUACAUUUUGUGACUAAAUCAUCCUGAAUUCCGAGAUCCAGUUGCGCUUUGUGCCCGGACUCCGGGUUUAUUGAUCCCUCUGCAUCUUGCUUACGUUUAUCAAUCAUACUGCGGUGGCGCUGAUACGCUUGGUGUGUUUUUCAGACCUUGAUGAUCUCAAGAGCAUUGGUAUCAAGUUUUAAAAAUGGUUUCGCUUCACUUACCGGAGAGCUCAGAAAUCUUUUCAUCUCAUCCAAAAUUCCUCCAUGCCUCAUUUAUCAGCAUCAUUACACACCCGACAAAACGCCUCCGCACCAUAACAACCCAGAAGUCGAAAAGCUUUUGAAAGAAGAGUUAUGCAUGUAUCCCCCUUUCCAGUCUCGUAAAAUUCGUUUGGGGUUCCAAGAUGCUCUCAUGAAGAGAGAUUACAAGCGCAGACAAGUCUCUGCACAUUUCUCCGAUCUGCGCCUCAGAUUGGUCGCAAUUAAACGGAAUACAGUGCUACCGAAAGAUAUCAGAGAUACCGCUGGCCUCCAGAUUGCGUCAUUACCCAGAGACAGCAACUGGGUCCGUAUACACUCCCGAUGUGUUGUAACAUCCCGUCGUCGUGGAUGCAAAACUCGUUGGAGAAUCUCUCGCAUUGUAUGGCGUAGUUACGCCGAUUAUAACCGAAUGUCUGGAGCACUAUGGGGUGCCUGGAGUUCUGCUACCCGUAGCGAACGUCGACACAUGAAAUGGCCACCUCCUGGUGAUCAAUCGAUAAACGAGUACUUAGAGCGGUAUUACCGGAACUUGGCCGAUUCAUAGUGUCAUCUCUGUGACGCAAUAUGUCAGCACUCCCGGUUGAUAUUCUCAUUACUUGGGAAGUAAAAUUGUUUACAUCAUCACUAUUUGUAACUCAUUUCGCUCACGACCGUCCCCAGUAGCUUGUACCCGGUCGCAUAUUUCCCAUCGAGAUAGAACCCAUCGCUGGAUUUCAUUCUGUUCGUUUUGGCAAAUACACUGCGCGAUGAAUCGACGUUCUUGGCAAACUCAUACCGAUAACGCAGUUUGCACUGGCUACCAAUGAG